UUGAACCUUCUGUGUCUCCCUCUCUUUCUUUCCAAAAGCGAAUCCAAACUCUGCGUCUUCAGCUCCUGAGGAUUAAAUCUCACUCAAUUUUCCAUUACUUUCUCUUCAUUUUUCUCGGGAAACAAACAAUCGAGAAAGCCUUCAUAACCCCCAAGGUUUUCCCCUUUUUUCAUUUCCACCCCCAAAAUCCAAAACCCUAGGAAUCGAAAUGUGCUCCAAUGAUAAUGUGAGGUCCAAUUACCCAGCACUUUCAAUAUGACUAACCACAGAGAACAAGAACCCAAUUGCGAUGCGGCUAGUUGUAGUGGUACCCGGUUCACGGUGCAGCCAGAGCGUGAACUACAAGCUAACUGGGAAGUUGAUUUGGCGAAUAAGCUCGAAGACUAUCUCUUGAAAAUUUGCUCUGGUCAAAUUUAUGACUCCGAACAUCUCAUUCCCCCGGUGAAUUUCGCUGAAGCUGCUUUGCUGGUUCAGGGUUCGGUUCAGGUGUAUAGCAGGAAGGUAGAAUAUUUGUACAACUUGGUUUUGCAUGCUUUGGAGUUUCUUUCUCAGAAAAGCCAGCAGGAUCAAUCAAAGGAGACAUCAGUCCCUAUCGAAGGAAGGGAAUCCCAUGCAGUUUCUGAUGAAGAAAAUGAUCUGUUUUGGUGCUUAGAUGACAUCCCAGUGGAAGCAAAAAAUCGCUUAGACAGUCCAAAUGGAAAUGAUAAUUUUUUUAAUCACUUUGUGAAGCCCCCUGCAAAUUUAAUUGUUCUUGAAGGUGACUGCUUAGACUCUCUGGGUGAUGGCACGGAAUUAGAGUCCUAUCUGUUAGCUACCAGUGAUCUCUAUCGAGAUUUUAUUCUAUUAGAUCCGUGUGAUGCUGUAGCAGUUAAUGACUUUUUAGAGGGAGGUCAAGUUGGCAAGGGGCAUAAUGGUGCCUACAGAGGAAGUGCAUCUCGCAAGAGCUUUCAAUCCCCUACGAGGUGUUCUGGUGGAACUGCAAAUAAGCCAUCUAUCAGAAAGAAAAAGGAUGCCAAUCUUAAUCCAUCGCCAAGCCUUAACAUGGGCCAUGAUCCUCCUGCCUUUGAUGAUGUUGGAGAGAGCAAUCAUGAAUUUGAUAUGGAGGACAGAUAUUCAGAACCUAGGAACUUGGAUAGUAAUUCUGAUGAGGAGGAGGAGGAUCCUUGGAAGCCCUUGAACCCUCAUGAACCUGGGAACUUGAAAGUCAUACCUUUCAAAAAAGUUAAAGCUUUCAGAAGAAAUGCGGUAAAUUCUACUAAACAACACUCAGUAACUACUCUGUUUCCGCUUGCAAAAUUGCAUGGUACUAUCAGUCCAGAGCUCACACAAAUAUGGGAGGCACGACAAAAAGCAUCUGAAAAGCAACAGGCUUUCCAUUCUUCUCCAUUAUAUGAAAAGCUCCGGCAAUCACUUGCUAACAAAGGACAACAAGCUUUUAGUGCUUUUGGUCAUCCUGACAAUUUUAAUGAGGACAAGGGAUAUGAUAGUGGUGACCCAGAUUCUGAGCAUCCUGAUAUUGACAUGCCAGAGAGUAUGUAUAUGGAUGAAGAUGUACUUCAUUUUGAUAAGCAUGAUGAUGGUACUACUCACUGUGAAAUCAAUGAAACAUUUGAACAUGAAGUUCAAGAUUGUCAUGCAAACCUAGAAGAUCUUUGUCGCUCUCACCUAGUAAGCGAUGCUCUUCUUGCUAGCAUAGCUGAAACAGAAAAAUUGACUGAAUUAGCUGCUCGAGUCUCAUCAUGGAAACAGAAAAUUGAACACAACCUAGAUGAGCAAGAUUCAUGCCCUCCGUUUGAUAUUCAUGAAUAUGGAGAAAGUAUUAUUGACAAGCUAUCUCUUGAAGGAGACCAUGAAAAUGUCACAUCUUUCACUGAUGUGGUAAAGGGCCAAGAGAAGUAUGAUGUUGCUCGAACAUUCUCUGCACUUCUUCAAUUGGUGAACAAUGGAGAUGUUGCUUUGGAUAGGAGUGGGAUUGAUGGUGAGUCCAUCUGUUACACAGCAGUGAAUCCUUUCCAUGUCCGGCUACUCAGGCACGACAAGAGACAAAAAGAAACACAAUAUCAAUUGUCAAAAAAGAGAGCCAAGUCUCCAUCAAGAAGAUUUUCAAAAGAUGAUAAGGGCAAGUCCAUGAGAGAGAAAUCCCCAGUUGUCAAUCCAUCUACAGAACAUGGAUCAUCAGGAUUGCCGUCACAGCCAAAUUGUAAAUUUUCUGUGAAGCUUGGUGGUGCAAGGUGUACCCCAGAAGGAAAGAAGCGAAGAAGGUCUCGACUUUUUGAACCAGCUGAUUUACAUACCUCAAGCUGAACCAGCUUUGAACUGUUGGGGAAUUCAACAACUCUGCUGAAUGGCUCCUAGCAAAUUCUAGUUGUGACAUGAUUGUAGCUCAAGUUAAAUUACAAUGAUCAAUAAUUUACUUUUUCAAAUUAUUAUCAGACACGUACUUAAUAGUCAAGACUAGGCCUGGAUUUGAGCCAAACUUGUAGUCAAGACCCUGUAAUAAAACUAUGAUAUUGAUAUCCCUUGUAGAAUGAAUAUGUUCCUGUACCAUACA